AAGAAUGGGGCAGGCUAGAGUAACUUACUCUGAGUAAUGCCGCCUGAGACAGCAAGUUUAAUUCCCUUGCUUGGUAUUGGCUUUCUAUCUGGUCAGAUCAUCGUGUCUAUCUAUCUAUCUAGUGGUAUACUUCGUCUUCAUUCAUUGCGUUUGCUAGUGCGAGUGCUGGAGUUGGUCUUUAUUUUGAUUCUUUUUCCCCAUUGUCCUAGUUCUUGCGUGGAUAAUCAGCAGUUACACUGUGAUAAUCUACGUACUUAACGAGACUAUUGUUCGUACGGCACUAUACCCUGAGUAUUGCUUGAACCCCACAGUUUUUGCUUGCCUCAGAACAUAUGGCUGAAUGAUUGUCUCC